UGACCCGGCCUGACUGCGCCGUCAUCCCGGCUAUAAGCGCGACCUCCCGGGCGCUCCGCUGUGACCGGGUCGCCGCCGCCGCCGCUGCCAUGCAGCCCCCCAGCCUGUUGCUGCUCGUCCUCGGCCUGCUGGCCGCGCCCGCCGCCGCGCUCGUCAGAAUCCCGCUGUACAAGUUCAAGUCCAUCCGCCGGACCAUUUCGGAGGUGGGGGGCCCCGUGGAAGACCUGAUUGCGAAGGGCCCCAUUUCGAAAUACACCCUGGGGGUGCCCGCCAUGAUGACCGGGGGGCCCGUUCCGGAAAUGCUCAAGAACUACAUGGACGCCCAGUACUAUGGGGAGAUCGGCAUCGGGACACCCCCGCAGUGCUUCACCGUCGUCUUCGACACCGGCUCCUCCAACCUGUGGGUGCCCUCGGUCCACUGCAAACUGCUGGACAUCGCCUGCUGGAUCCACCAUAAGUACAAUAGCGGCAAGUCCAGCACCUACGUGAAAAACGGCACCACCUUCGACAUCCACUACGGCUCGGGCAGCCUCUCCGGGUACCUGAGCCAGGACACCGUGUCAGUGCCCUGUAACAUGGCUUUGUCGACCGUGCGCGGCGUCAAGGUGGAGAGGCAGACCUUUGGGGAGGCCACCAAGCAGCCGGGCAUCACCUUCAUCGCGGCCAAGUUUGACGGCAUCCUGGGCAUGGCCUACCCCCGCAUCUCGGUGAACAACGUGCUGCCCGUCUUUGACAACCUGAUGGAGCAGAAGCUGGUGGACAAAAACAUCUUCUCCUUCUACCUGAACAGGGACCCAGCGGCACAGCCAGGAGGUGAGCUGAUGCUGGGCGGCAUCGACUCCAAGUACUACAAGGGCUCCCUGUCCUACUACAACGUCACCCGCAUGGCCUAUUGGCAGAUCCACAUGGAAGGGGUGGAAGUGGGCGAGAGCUUGACACUGUGCAAGGGGGGCUGCGAGGCCAUCGUGGACACGGGCACCUCGCUCAUCGUGGGCCCCGUGGAGGAGGUGCGCGAGCUGCAGAAGGCCAUCGGGGCCGUGCCGCUGAUCCAGGGCGAGUACAUGAUCCCCUGUGAGAAGGUGUCCAGCCUCCCUGAGGUCACCGUGAAGCUGGGGGACCAGAGCUAUAAGUUGUCCUCAGAGGACUACACCCUCAAGGUGUCCCAGGCCGGGAAGACCAUCUGCCUGAGCGGGUUCAUGGGCAUGGACAUCCCCCCACCCGGCGGGCCUCUCUGGAUCCUGGGCGACGUCUUCAUCGGCCGCUACUACACCGUGUUUGACCGCGACCAGAACCGGGUGGGCCUGGCUGAGGCUGCCAGACUCUAGCCGGUCCCCUGCCCGCUGGCAGAGAACGGAGGAGAGUCCAGUAGGAGGAGGCUGGCCGCCCCCUGCCCUCCCGGCCCGCCCUGCCACACACACUUGCACACUCACACUUGCCCUCUCGCAGCCUGGCUCUGGAGGCCGCCAGCCCAACGGGCCGCUGUUUUGUUUUGUGGUUUUCCCUUUUCUGGUUUCAGAAGUGCCGCCUGCCCGUCUGUCUGUCUGUCUGGUGGACGGAUGGGGGCCCCGGACAGAGCGGUGGGCUGCUCCUGUGCACAGAGCCGUUUCACUAACUUGAAAGACCCAGCUUGGCUUGGCAGCCAGUCAGUGGUGUGUCCCAGGCCCCCUGCCCCCAGGUAGGCCCCUCCCUGGCCUGUGCCCCGGGGGCCUAGCUGCCUAGGCAGGGCCUCUGGGCUGAGCCCCCGCUGUGUGCCAGGCUGUCCUCUUGGCUGCCCCUCCGUCCAGCUUGAGGCCCAGGGCUGGCGCUGCUGCCCCUGCACAUCUCUUUGUCCCGGGCCCAUGGAGGAACGGGCUGCCUGAGGCCUGAGGAUGAGUAGGAAGGAACUGAAAGGCGGGGAGGGAACAAAAGCCAGCCUUGUGAGGCCUGUGGGGGUCAUCCUGGGGCUUGACCCUGUCCAGGAGGGCAUUCACUGGCCCAGGGGUUGGGGGGGAGGGUGGGGGGUUGGUGCCCGUCUUCUCUGUGGCUGCUGCCCUCCUUAGCAGCCGAGAGCCAAAGUUGACAUGAAAAUACAGUGGUUUGAGCCUC